CCUUAUCCAUUUCGCCGGACUUCUUAUUCUAUCCUUUGCUCUGCCCCCACCAUUUUCUUCUUCUUCAAUUCCCCGUCUCUCUCUUGAUUUCUAUCACCGAUUGCUAUUAUGGCAACUUCGUUUCAGUGUUUCAGUGCCACUCCAACCAUCCUUGCCGCAUCGGCUUCGCACGAUCGGACCAAAUCCAAUCCGAACCAUCAGAAACUUGCCGCCCACAGCCCCAGUUGGUGGACCCCCCUUUUCGGGUGGGCUUCGGAUCCAGACUACAUCCAACAAUGUUCGAACGGGCGGCCGGAGACGAGGAGGGUUCCGGCGCAGCCGGAGAAGGAUAGGGUGGGCGGGCACAGGUUCCGACCCGGGUGUUUCACGGAAGAGAAGGCAAAAGAGCUGCGGAAAAUGACCGUAGAAACGUCGACGUUCCAUGACGUGAUGUACCACUCGGCCAUCGCGUCUCGGAAGGCUUUUGACGUCGCCGGACGUCGCCGCAACUGAAUUUGGCCGGAUCGCCGGCCGCCGCUGGAUCAGAUCUGUGUUUAUUACACUACUAUCAAAUUAAAUUAAAGCAUUGCAAGACACGAUUGCGGUUGUAUUGUUGUGAUCUGUUUCUUUCUGCUCCAUACUUUUUUUUUGUUUUAUGUGGAUAGUAUACGCAUUGUAAUUUGGUUUUAAAUGCUUUGAUAGUUAAUGAAAUGAUGAUAAUGGUGGAGAUUGAGUUUUUUCCUUGAUUGUGCAAUUACUGUUUCUUUAUAAAAUUGGCAUAAUAAAAUAUUGAAUUCUUU